UGACGGGCUCUUCCCCGGAGGAUCAGCCAGAAACUGUUGAGCAAAAAACUGCAUAAAGCCCGCGCCCUCUAACCGCACCAUUCAAUAUGCGCCCUUCCUGUCGCUUCGAUGUCACCUUCCUCAACAAAUCUUAGAUGAUCACCACUUCACCUGUCGAAACCUCCCCUCUUCGAAUUUUGGGCGUGAUCCGAGGGCCCGAGCCCUAAACCGCGGCUUUCCCACCAACCAUCCAUCCCUGCUGGGUUCUCCAAGCUCUCACCACCAUGAAUUUACAAUUUCCACCAUGGCGACACGACACCGAAUUGGCCAUGGUCCGAGACUGGUUCUUUCCGAGCCGGGCGACGCUGGAAUUAUAUUGCACCGUUGCAUCCCUCGCUUCGCGAGACCUGAGGCAGCGUGCUAUUGACAAGGUCAAUCUCUGGCUGUUCAAGGCCGGUCAGCUACCUCCAGCGCUGGUAGCCACGGCAAGCUUGACCGAUGCUCUGAUCCAUGAUGAACAAAGGAGGUCGUUAUCUGGGACAGCCAUCUCGGACCAAGCCAUGCAGAGCAUAUAUGCCAUGGCCUUUGCGAGGUUUGUCAAUGGAUUCGUUGACCGUGAUGUUGCCCGCUCAUAUGCUGCUGAAAUGGCCCGGGACAGUACUCCUGAUGGAGAAGAAGUGACUCGAUUCUCAGCAAGUGCUGCCAAAGGUGAAAGCUCAAUGUAUGCUCACGCCGCCACGAUCGGGAUGCCCCAGAAAUUUGUUGAUCUCCGUCAUCAAGUCACACACGCUGACAUCCCCAAUUUGAUGUAUCUGAGAAAGAUGACAGAACAGGCUUUGGACUGGAUGUGGGAGAGGUGGUGGGUCAAGAGUGCGACUGGCAAUCCGGAACGUGCAUUGAGGGAGCUGGAAGAUAGGCAACGCAUAUCACGAGAAGCGAGAGAUGCUACAGAAUCGAGCAGGAAGGAUUUUCCCGGCAUGGUGCCCCAAGAUCCCCCUGAAUGCGACGAUCAGGCUGUGCCAAUGAAGGCGACACGGGGGGUAAACACAGCACAGAAUGAGUCUGUUUUCUCCACCCCAGCAAGAACUAGAGGUGCACUGAAGCGCAAGUCUACGGCGUUAGAAGACGACGACUAGAUGUGAUACUUGAAACCAUGACUAGGUAUUUCUGACAGGAUAUGUGAUGGACCACCAGCUUCUCGUAGUGGUACGAACCCUCAUCUUAGAUUGCCAAGCCUUUUCGAG